AUGAAUGCAUCAGAAGCAGGCACCAUUGAAUUCAAGAACACAUUGAGUCGAGAAAACGCUUGCUCGCAAGAACCUGUAGUUUCGAAGUCCAUCCAUUCCUCAAGUGAGAACCGUUACGUGCCCUUUUUGACAGGGGUUGGCAGGGAGGAAAGGAAUCGGCUGCAUCCCUAUGGCGUCCUCCGUAUGGAGACCCGCAAAAGAGGCGGCUGCAAACGUGAUGAUCGACCAAAAAAAAAUAAAAUAAAGGGACGAAGCCUGCAAGCCAGAAUUGCGUUCGGCAUGUGGAGCUGA